CUGCAUCUCUGCCUUGAGCAUUUACUUGAGAAAAGACAAAAUGGCCCAACAACCGCAAGCCACAAUGGCCUAUGAUGAAUAUGGGCGCCCGUACAUUAUUUUGAGGGAGCAAGGCAAGAAGACGAGGACACAUGGGCUGGAGGCUAUUAGGUCUCACAUCCUUGCCGCUCGAACAGUUGCCAACAUUGUACGGACCUCCCUGGGACCAAGAGGGCUCGACAAGAUCCUCAUCAGCCCGGAUGGCGAUAUCACCGUGACAAACGAUGGUGCGACUAUUCUGGGUCAGAUGGAGGUCGAGCAUCAGAUUGCAAAGCUUCUUGUCCAGCUUUCUAAAUCACAGGAUGACGAGAUCGGUGAUGGAACAACAGGCGUCGUUGUUUUGGCGGGUGCGUUACUUGAGCAGUCUGAAGAACUCUUGGAUCGAGGUAUUCACCCGAUACGGAUUGCCGAUGGGUUCGAGAAAGCUUGUGCUGUUGCGGUUAAAGAGCUGGAUCGCAUCGCGGACGAGGUUGAAUUUACCCCCUCGAAUACCGAGAAUUUGCUUAAGACGGCUAUGACAAGUCUGGGAAGCAAGAUCGUGUCGAAGGCACACCAGCACUUCGCACAAAUUGCCGUCGAUGCAGUGCUUGCCGUUGCUGACCUGCAAAGAAAGGAUGUCCCCUUCGAUCUCAUUAAGGUGACUGGCAAAGUUGGCGGCUCGCUCGCAGACACUUCCCUCGUAAAAGGCGUUGUCAUCGACAAGGAGAUGUCCCAUCCCCAAAUGCCGCGCACCGUUCGCGAUGCCAGGAUCGCCAUUCUUACGUGCCCGUUCGAGCCCCCGCGCCCAAAGACGAAGCACAAACUUGAGAUUGGUUCGGUGGAGGAAUAUCGCAAACUGCAGGCUUACGAGAAGGGCAAGUUCGAGGAUAUGAUCAAGCGCGUGAAAGACGCGGGUGCAAACCUCGUCAUAUGCCAGUGGGGAUUCGACGAUGAGGCCAACUCGCUUCUAAUGGCAAACGACCUACCCUCGGUCAGAUGGGUCGGAGGUCCCGAGAUUGAGCUCAUCGCUAUUGCGACGCAUGGGCGAAUCGUGCCGAGGUUCGAGGACCUCAGUGCUGAGAAGCUUGGAAAGGCUGGGUUGGUCAAGGAGAUCGCCUUCGGUACGACAAGGGACAAGAUGAUCGUGAUUGAAGAGUGCGCGAACAGCAAAGCAGUCACAAUCCUUGUGCGCGGAAGCAACAAGAUGAUUGUGGAUGAGGCCAAACGCGCUCUUCAUGAUGCACUCUGCGUCGUGCGCAACCUGGUGGUAAACAACCGCGUGGUUUACGGAGGUGGAGCAGCAGAGAUUAGCUGCUCGCUCGCAGUCUCCAAAGCGGCAGAUGAAAUACCUUCGAUUGAACAAUACGCGAUGCGUGCGUUCGCUUCAGCGUUGGACAGCAUCCCACUCGCACUGGCGGAGAACUCUGGCUUCAGCCCAAUCGAGACGCUUACGGAGGUCAAGAGCAGACAGGUAACAGAGGCUAAUCCUAGGCUCGGGAUUGACUGCAAUGGCAGGGGGGAGAAUGAUAUGAAGAAGCAAUUCGUAUAUGACCCACUGAUUUCGAAGCGGCAGCAGUAUUUGUUGGCCACUCAGAUGGUUCGGGCAAUACUGAAGAUAGAUGAUGUUAUCACAGCUGGUUCCAUGGACGAGUAGUUAUUUGCACGUAAUGAUCAACUGUCACACCGUAUAUGCACAUGAAUUGCUCCCACACCAAACCAAACCCGCAGGACUUUGGCCAUGUGCCCAACCUACUCGCUGCUUUCCCUCUUAUUACGUUGGUAUUUGAUGUUGUUCCAGUUAUAUACAAACU